AUGAACGCUCCACCACAGCAGGCCGAUACCUCCACCGAUGACUGGGCCGCCAACCCUCUGGCCGGCCAGAGCAUUGCUGAGAACACCAAGUCAAUCCAGUACGUCCGAAGCGUGAGCUCACUAGCUAUUGGCGUUGGUGCCGGAAUCCUCCAUCUCGAGUCGUACUAUGGCUUCCUCUUCUACGCCAUUGCAUCCACAAUUGUCAGCAUUCUCCUCUACACAGUGUCCUCGACAGGCAACCCUGGUCGAUAUUUCGUCUAUCCCGUGAAACAGCUGUUUGUCGACGACAUCUUCGCCGGUCUGUCGUCAUUCCUCCUGAUGUGGACCCUCUUUUAUGAGCUCGUUGAUGCUUAG